GAGAGAGAAGAGAAGAGAGAAAGAAGAGAGAGAGAAGAGAAGAGAAGAGAGAAAGAGAAGAGAGAAGAAGAAAGAAGAAGAAAGAGAGAAAGAAGAAGAGAAGAGAAGAGAAGAAAGAGAGAAGAGAAGAGAAGAGAAGAAGAAAGAAAGAGAGAAGAAGAAAGAAGAGAAGAAGAGAGAGAAGAAAGAGAAGAGAGAAGAGAGAAGAGAAGAAGAGAAGAAAGAGAAGAGAACGAAGAGAGAGAAGAGAGAAGAAAGAGAGAGAAGAGAAAGAGAGAAAGAAGAGAGAAGAAGAGAAAGAAGAGAAGAGAAGAAGAAGAGAGAGAAAGAGAGAAGAGAGAAGAAGAGAAAGAAGAGAAGAGAAGAAAGAGAAGAAAGAGAAGAAGAGAGAGAGAAAGAAGAGAGAGAAAGAAGAGAAGAAAGAGAAGAAGAGAAGAGAAGAGAAAGAGAGAAAGAGAAAGAGAAGAGAGAAGAAGAGAGAAAGAAAGAAGAGAAGAAGAGAGAAAGAGAGAAGAGAAAGAGAGAAGAAGAGAAAGAAGAAAGAAGAGAAGAAGAAGAAGAGAAAGAAGAGAAAGAGAAGAAGAAGAGAGAAGAAGAGAAGAAGAAGAGAGAGAAGAGAGAGAAGAAAGAAGAGAGAGAAGAGAAAGAAGAAAGAGAGAAGAGAGAAGAAGAGAAGAGAAAGAAGAGAAAGAAGAGAAGAGAAAGAAGAGAAGAGAGAAAGAGAGAAGAAAGAAGAAGAGAAGAAGAGAAGAGAAAGAGAAGAGAGAAGAAAGAAGAGAAGAGAGAAGAAGAAAGAAGAAAGAGAAGAAGAGAAGAAGAAGAGAAGAGAGAGAAGAGAAGAGAGAAGAAGAGAAGAAAGAGAGAGAAGAAGAAGAGAGAAGAAAGAAGAGAAAGAAGAAGAGAGAAGAAAGAGAAAGAGAAGAGAGAAGAAGAGAAGAGAGAAAGAAGAGAAGAAAGAGAAGAAGAAGAGAGAAGAGAAAGAGAGAAGAAGAAGAGAGAAAGAAGAAGAGAAAGAGAAGAAGAAGAAGAGAGAAGAAGAGAAGAAGAGAAAGAAGAGAAGAGAGAAAGAAGAGAGAGAAGAGAGAAAGAGAGAAGAGAAAGAAGAAGAGAAAGAAGAAGAAAGAGAGAAGAGAGAGAGAAGAAAGAGAAGAAGAGAAGAAGAAGAAGAGAGAAGAGAGAGAGAAGAGAAGAGAAAGAAGAAGAGAAGAGAGAAAGAGAAGAGAAGAAAGAGAGAAGAGAAAGAGAGAGAAGAGAGAAAAGAGAGAAGAGAAAGAAGAAGAAGAAGAGAGAAAGAGAGAAGAGAAGAGAAGAGAGAAAGAGAAGAGAAGAAGAGAAGAAGAGAGAAAGAAGAGAAGAAGAAGAGAAGAAGAGAAAGAAGAAGAGAGAAGAGAAGAGAAGAGAGAAAGAAGAAGA